GCAUUUGGGGCUGAAGUUCCCUGUGGGAGGCUGUUUUCUGAGGGAGCCGAGUGUUUACAGGCACUCAGGCCUGCUCCGCUCAGCUGAAGCAGAAAACAGAGACCUUCUGCAGUGCUUUCGUUCAAGAGGAAGACAGGAGGCGACCCCAUGAGACCAUGGCUGAGACACCUAGUCCUCCAGGCACUGAGGAACUCCAGGGCAUUCUGUGGGUCUCGCAGGCAGCCAGCACAUCUACCUGUUCCUCAGAAGAUCGUGGCCACCUGGGAAGCCAUCAGCCUGGGAAGGCAGCCGGUGCCUGAGUACUUCAACUUUGCCCAUGACGUGCUGGAUGUGUGGAGUCGGCUGGAAGAGGCUGGACACCGCCCCCCAAAUCCUGCCUUCUGGUGGGUCAAUGGCACAGGAGCAGAGAUCAAGUGGAGCUUUGAGGAGCUGGGGAAGCAGUCCAGGAAGGCAGCCAAUGUGCUGGGGGGUGCAUGCAGCCUGCAGCCUGGGGACAGAAUGAUGCUGGUACUCCCACGGCUCCCGGAGUGGUGGCUGGUCAGUGUGGCUUGUAUGCGGACAGGGACAGUGAUGAUUCCGGGUGUCACUCAGCUGACGGAGAAGGACCUCAAGUACCGGCUGCAGGCGUCCAGGGCCAAGUCCAUUAUCACCAGUGACUCCCUAGCUCCAAGGGUGGAUGCCAUCAGCGCCGAAUGCCCCUCCCUCCAGAUCAAGCUGCUGGUGUCAGACAGCAGUCGGCCAGGCUGGUUGAACUUCAGGGAACUCCUCCGGGAGGCAUCUACAGAGCACAACUGCGUGAAGACAAAGAGUCGAGACCCGCUGGCCAUCUACUUCACCAGCGGAACCACCGGGGCCCCCAAGAUGGUCGAGCACUCCCAGAGCAGCUACGGACUGGGUUUUGUGGCCAGCGGAAGACAGUGGGUGGCUUUGACCGAAUCGGACAUCUUCUGGAACACGACUGACACUGGCUGGGUGAAGGCAGCCUGGACUCUCUUCUCUGCCUGGCCUAAUGGAUCUUGCAUUUUUGUGCAUGAGCUGCCCCGAGUUGAUGCCAAAGUUAUCCUGAAUACUCUCUCCACAUUCCCGAUAACCACCCUCUGCUGUGUCCCAACCAUCUUUCGGCUGCUUGUGCAGGAGGAUCUGACCAGGUACCAGUUUCAGAGCCUGAGGCACUGUUUGACUGGAGGAGAGGCCCUCAACCCUGACGUGAGGGAGAAGUGGAAACGCCAGACAGGCGUGGAGCUGUAUGAAGGCUAUGGACAGUCUGAAACGGUUGUCGUCUGUGCCAAUCCAAAAGGCAUGAAAAUCAAGUCUGGAUCCAUGGGGAAGGCGUCCCCACCCUACGAUGUGCAGAUUGUGGAUGAUGAGGGUAACGUCCUGCCUCCUGGAGAAGAGGGGAAUGUUGCCAUCCGUAUCAGACCCACCCGGCCCUUCUGUUUCUUCAAUUGCUAUUUGGACAAUCCUGAGAAGACAGCUGCAUCAGAACAAGGGGACUUUUACAUCACAGGGGACCGAGCUCGCAUGGACAAGGAUGGCUACUUUUGGUUCGUGGGAAGAAAUGAUGAUGUGAUCAAUUCUUCAAGCUACCGGAUCGGGCCUGUUGAAGUGGAAAGCGCCCUGGCAGAGCAUCCUGCCGUCCUGGAGUCGGCCGUGGUCAGCAGCCCAGACCCCAUCAGGGGAGAGGUGGUUAAGGCAUUUAUAGUCCUUACUCCAGCCUACUCCUCUCAUGACCCAGAGGCACUAGUGCGGGAACUCCAGGAGCAUGUGAAAAGGGUGACUGCUCCAUACAAAUACCCCAGGAAGGUGGUCUUUGUUUCAGAACUGCCAAAGACAGUUUCUGGAAAGAUCCAAAGGAGUAAAUUGCGAAGUCAGGAGUGGGGGAAAUGAGGUGCAACCCCAGGAAGGCCCCAUAGACCUCCGAAGACUCCACGAAAAACUAAUGGAUCACUGGUCAGCCCCCAUGGGGAGCAUCAUCUCUUCAACCCUAAAGAUGUCAAAGGCGUGCAGCUUCCAAACGGCAUCCCCAGGAUCACUGGGCAAUGCUGGAAAGAGCAAAAGAAUAUCAUUGGCCCUGACCACAUAGAUGCUGCACUGCCUAGCAAAUGCUUGGUGGUUUGACUUCUCCCCCUGUCUGGGGACAGGCUCAGCAUCUGCCCACUGGUCUCACUAAAAGCUUUCAGAUUUCCCUCCAUAGAACAGGUUACUGUAGGCUUGGGGCACUUGUGGGUACUCAUUCUCUGCUAGUGGGAAUGUAAAGGCUUCAUCCUUUGUAUGCAACCAUUUGGUAAAAGUAUGCAGGAACAUAAAAUAAAAUAUCCUUUAGCUCAGAAAUUCUACCUUCGGGAAUCACCACAAAAGAAAAAAAAUCCAAAUGCAGAAAAUGUGUGGUGCACUAAGAUGAUCACGCAGCAUUAAAACUAAAAAAAAAAAUUAACAAAUUAACAUCCAAACAACAAAGAAAUGAUUAACAAAAUUGUAGUAGAUUAACUCAAUAACAUAUGAUGUGGCCAUUAAAAUAUUUAAGGGUAGUUUGGUAUGUCUUGGGAAAAGUGUAAGCUAUAUUAAUUUUAAAAAUCAGAAUAAAAAUAUUUGCAUACCGGAGAAUCUGAACUCUGAAAAAUAAAGGGAAAACUGUAGUUAAUUGUUAUUUUCCUGGAGAUUGAGGAGGGAGGGAGAGAAAAUAAUGGAUGGUAGUUUUUCUUCUUCCUUUUUCCACUACAUUUCUGUAUUUUCCAAGUUUUUGUACUAAGCACAAACAACUAUUUUAAUGAAAAAGUUAUGUUAAAGAAA